AUGCAGGAUCCUAGUGGGGACAAAGUUUGUAGAGCAGGUGGUGAAGAAGAAGGGGAGGAUGGACAGCACACAUCCAGAGUCCAUGAUACCGAAGCAGGCCCACAUCAUACUGAAGCAAGCUCACAUCGUACUGAACCAAGCUCACAUCGUACUGAACCAAGCUCGCAUCGUACUGAACCAAGCUCGCAUCAUACUGAACCAAGCUCACGUCCUUCUGAAGCAGAGAAUGACCAAGAUAACUCUCCACAUGUAAACUGUGCACAAGAUUUUGGUAGCCAGACUUCCCCCAGAGGUAUCCUCUACUCAAGGAGCCCUGUAGAGGCAAGAGUGAUGGUCGAAGAGGCAGCCAUAGCUCCUCAGGGUGAGCAGGCACCAAUUAUCCCGGGACCCAGUGGAGAUGCUGCAGCAACAGCUGGAAGUCGACUCUUGGAAUUUUCCGUAACAGUGCCUUUCCGAACCGCUUUGGAGGCAAACAUUGCAUGCAGAACCCUGGCCUCAAAUGUCCAGCACCAGCAAGUGAUGGUUCAGCAGGAGUUCACUGUGAAUGACACUAUUCUCACUGUUAGGUGGACCACUGAAGAUCCUGUUCUCUUCCGAACAUCCAUCAAUGCCUUUCUUGACCAACUUUCCCUUGUGAUUAGGAACACCCCACGCCCAGUGUUUAUGGGUGUUUUCAAACAAGGAAGAGGAAGAAAUAAUGAACUCUAG